AUGCAGAAAGGGCUGAAAAACGGACUGGCAAUGCCAUCUUCGUCUUUUGACUCUUAUUCUUCCGGUUCUAUUGUAAAAAGCAGCAAUCUGCCGAAUCGAAUGGCUUCCGCUGCCGACAAUGAUCCGGAAGAGAGUCUAUCAGAAAAGUCUCUGCCUAGCCGCCAAAGCUGGGGCAACAAGAUCGAGUUCAUGCUCUCGAUGGUUGGCUACGCUGUCGGCCUAGGCAACAUUUGGAGAUUUCCGUAUUUGACUUACAAAAACGGUGGUGGAGCGUUUUUGAUACCGUACUUGAUAUGCUUGCUGAUAUGUGGCUUGCCAAUAUUCCUCUUUGAAGUUGCACUGGGACAAUUCUGCUCGCAAGGACCCAUCAAGGCCUUCAACGGCGUCCCCAUCUUCAAGGGCAUCGGAUAUGCCAUGGUCGCCGUCUCGACUAUCAUCGGAUGCUAUUACAACGUGAUCAUCUCCUACACACUCCGAUACCUCUUCGAGUCGCUUCAGUCUUUCACUACUGGAGAGCUUCCUUGGGCAAAUUGCGACAAUCCGUGGAACGAUGAAAAAUGCAUGGAUGUGGAGAAGUUGAAUAAAUGCAGAAGUAUACAAGCGAAUAAAACUCUUGAAGUUCCAUCAAUGUGUCAAUUAAACCACACGAAUCGGGAAGCUCCGUCUCAGCAAUACUUCGAAAAUCACAUCCUGGAUAUGUCGGAUUCUAUUGAAGACAUUGGACUCCCAAAGACAGAUCUCGUCGUCUACCUCCUGAUAUCUUACAUCAUUCUUUUCAUUUGCCUAGCAAAAGGAAUCCAGUCAACUGGAAAGGCAGUUUAUGUGACAUCAACCUUUCCUUACGUUGUCCUCACAACUUUGCUUAUUGUUGGUCUCACAAAAGAGGGUUCUUUGAACGGCAUCAAGUACUUUUUGACACCCGAGUGGGAACGAUUGAAGGAUAUGUCGGUUUGGAAAGAUGCGGCUACUCAAAUUUUCUUUUCGCUUUCCGCUAGCUGGGGUGGAUUAAUUACUCUGGCCAGCUACAAUGACUUCCAUAACAACAUUGUCCGGGACACCCUAAUUGUCGUCCUGACCAACUCAGGAACAUCAAUUUUCGCCGGGUUAACGAUCUUUUCAUAUCUUGGCUUCAUGGCGCACAGCAUGGGCGUGGAAGUUGAAGACGUCGCUCGUCAAGGGCCAGGACUCGCUUUUAUCGCCUAUCCAGAAGCACUUACACAGAUUUCUGCGGGAUCAAUCAUCUGGAGCGUGCUUUUCUUCACAAUGUUGCUCAUGCUCGGUCUUUCAACUAUGUUCGCAACAUUGAACACAAUCAUCACUUGCUGCUCUGAUGCGUUUCCACAGCUUCGAGAAAAACAAGCUUCAUUUACUGGGGUUCUUUGCGUUUUCCUUUUCCUUCUUGGACUCCCAAUGACGACAAGAGGUGGUCUUUACAUUCUCACGCUUUUUGAUGACUUUGGAGGAUCUUAUGCACUCUUGGUUAUUUCCGUCGUCGAGAUGAUUUCGAUUUGCUACAUCUACGGUCUUGACAACUUCUGCAGCGAUAUUCAAAUCAUGAUCAAGCGACCUAUUGGAAUGUUUUGGCGAGUGUGUUGGAAGUUCGUUUCGCCAACCCUUCUUACUGGAGUUUUCAUCGCUGUGCUUGCAAACUGGAAGGUGAGCAGUCUUGGAAACUACGUCUAUCCAAGCUGGACUAAUUACCCAGCGAUUGGGCUCAUCCUCUUUUCUGUUCUUUUCAUCCCUAUAAUGGCCGUUCAUCAUAUCAUCAAAAAAGGAUCCAUCAAGGCUGCUUGCGAGCCCACUUCUCACUGGGGACCCUUGAACUCGGAAAAUCGGAUGAAUACGCGUUACGAAAACAGAAAACACUUCAACCGUGAUCCACAUCGAUUCAUCGACUACACUUCAAGCGGACAGACGCUGCUCAGCUCCGGUGCUAGCUUUGUAUCGUGA